AAACAGCGCCCGUGUCGUGUCAACACAAACAGAAGCAAACAACGUAGCUAGUGGUGAAGUUUGGACGCCAACUCCGGCAUCUAAUUUUGAGUAUCUGGCUCUGCAGAACUGAAUGAGCCUUCUGCCAGUGCUGUGUUGUAAGUGCUGCUGCUGCUGCCGGGAUGGGCCAGCAGCUCUCAGGUCAGGCGGUGAUGACCAUUCUGCCUGAGAAGCUGGUGAAACACGCUGGACUGGUACGUGACAGCGGCAACCUAACCUACGAGGAGUUUCUGGCAAGAGUGGCUGAACUUAACGACGUCACGGCCAAGCUAGCUGCUGGACAGCAGAAGCACCUGCUGUUUGAGGUGCAGCCAGGAUCCGAUGCCACAGCCUUGUGGAAGGUGGUUGUCAGGGUCCUCUGUACCAAGAUCAAUAAGGAGAAUGGCAUGGUGGAAGCAUCACGCAUCAUGAACCUGUACCAGUUCAUCCAGCUGUACCGCGACAUCACCAGCCAGGCAGCUGAGGUGCUGAGUGCAGAGGGCGCCUCCGAGGGCCCGUCAGCCCAGCUCCCCUCCACGGACUCCUGCCAGGCCAGCAUGUGGAUGGGCAGAGUGAAGCAACUGACUGACGAAGAGGAGUGCUGUAUCUGCAUGGAUGGAAAGGCUGACCUUAUUCUGCCCUGCGCACACAGCUUCUGUCAGAAGUGCAUUGAUAAAUGGAGCGGGCAGAGCCGAAACUGUCCGAUAUGUCGUCUGCAGGUGACGGCAGCCAAUGAAUCGUGGGUAAUGUCUGAUUUUCCCACAGAGGACGACAUCGCCGGCUACAUCCUCAACUUGGCUGAUGAGGCAGGCCACCCACACAGGCCUUAACACACAGCACACUGAGUCAAUUAGAUGGCAGCGGAGAUCGACUUGUACCAAGUAGACUUUAUGUGUUGCAACACAAAAUGUCACUUUCACUGAGGAUUUUUUUUUUCUUAAAAGCUAAUGAUGCAGCAGAAACCAGCAGGGUUUCCUCCUCCUUAUAUUCUUAGUGACAGAAUCAGAAAAUGAAGCCUGGUCUCUUUUGAGUCCUAAAAAUCCCAGGAUGCUCUUUGUAACCCAAGUAUUGUAGAUGUGGUGCUUUUUGGGAACUGUUAUAUGUAAUAUGUUAUAAUACAUUAUAAUCUAUUAGUUUAACACAGAGAAUAACCAAAAGUACAGGUCUUGCACUUAUUUUUGGGUUCAUUUAACCAACAUGAGGGAAGAUGAUCCAGUUUAAAGUUGCCUUUCAUGUUAAUAUGAACGCGACGGAGCGGAGACAAAGGAGGCGAGCGAAGGUCGGCCCUUGUAUCCAGGGAGGGUUGAUUAGAGUGACUCAUGUAUUCAUAAUCGGAAUAUUUAAAUGAAUAGUUUGACAUUUUGGGAAAAUAAUCUUACAUGUUUUCUGGGUGAGAGAUAGAUGAGAAGUUCAGUACCACUCGUUUGUCAUCUCGUCAUGUCUGCCUGUAGAUUAUAAGGUUACAGCCACCAGCCGCUUAGCUUAGCAUGAAGAGUGGUCAGCUGCCGGGACCUCUAAAGCUCACAAAUUAACACCUUUUACGUUUGUACAUUUUGACUCUGGUAUAGUCAAACAAACAAGGUAUAACGGGUUAAUCAGCGAGCUUGAGAGGUGCUGGCAGGUGAUUCAGGCCAGCCAUUUCCCCUUGCUUCCAGUUUCAGCGUAUUUCCUAAAACAUCCAACUUCAGUCACAGAGUUUCUGAUCAGCCUGUAAAACUCAAUUUAUUUUCCACCUGUAAAGCUGUUCUGUAGUCUGUGCAAUGUAACCCUGCAUGUUUAUGUCCCACAUGACAUGUCUUAUGAGCCAUGUUAUGUGAAAACUGAUGCUCAGAACCGGACAGUCGUGGGUGUACAGUGCUAAAUAGUUUUAUAUCAUUUGAAUGACGUAGCUUGCUGCAGUGUCUUACUCACUGUUGGAAAUAACCACUACUUGUCAUUUAUGCUGUUCUCAUCUUUUUUUCUUAAUAUGUAUAUAUAAUUUACUAUAAUUUUAUUAAGGUUAUUUUAAUCUGAUUGCUGUAGAGGUACUGCAGUUUUCACUUGCAGAACAACCAGUCUUGUCUUUGCUUUGCUCUGCUUUGUCAUGCUUAUGAUUGAAGAUAACUGAUUUAUUGACAUAGGCAGCUUUUUGGUUACAAAUGAACUCUUGUAGAAUUGAAGUGAGAUUUAAAACCACAGAAUGGUUUUCUUUUAAAUAAGUAUUUCUGGCUUGCUUUCCAGAUCACCUGAAUCGCAGGCUGCACCUUUAGCUAAAGAGGAUGUGGUUGUGAUUUAUGAGUACUGGAUCAAUGCUGAAGUAUUUCAUGAAAUGUAAAAAUGUGUUGAGUUAAAUUUUCUCUAAUGAAAAAAAUCCAUUUUAUUGAAAUCUAAUGCAUUAUUUAAAGCAGUAAAUAAUGUGGAAUGCUAAUUAACAUUUUGUUUUGUGACACUCAGCCAGUUAAUUUUUUUUUUUUUUACAUUUGAUCAAAUUUAGAUUACGUUAACAGCUUUUUCCAAAUAUGAGACAGUCACUCCACAAUUAUUCAACAGUAAAGUUAUAUAUGCCUUUUCAUUUUACAGAGUAAUCAUUUCUUGGACUUUGAUUUAUGUUCAUUUGAUAUACCAUAAACAUGUGAAUUUUAAUUUUACCAAAAGAAAUUUUUGGUUUUCGAUGCUGAAAAAUCGCACUUUGAAACCUCACUGUAGCUUUCUUGGUGUUUGUGUACCACCACAACAGAUUAAUUUAUCUCUGUGGUGGAAAAUAUUAUCUGAUGCUGUAAUAUUUUGACAUCAGUUGAGGACAGGCACCACAAAAACUGUGCGGCGGUGGGAAACUUCACUGAAUUUAACAGGAUCAGAGACUGAGUGUGAUAUAGUGGCCACAUUACUGCAUGGUCCAUUAAUAAGAAAAUGUUAAAUUUGGUUCCAAAGCCAUUUUUCAUGAUAGAUUAGUAUAAAGCAUCUGAUCCUCCUUAUGCACAUUGUAUGUAAAUUUGCUGAAUGGAAAGAAGUGUAUUGAAAAUGACUUGAUCCUUACUGUAUUAUCCUUAAUAAAAGCAUACUCACUUUUUGCA